AUGGGCGAGAAGCCGGUCACGGAUUUGGCAGGAAUUGGAGAAGUGUUGGGCAAGAGGUUGGAGUCCAAGGGUUUCGACAAAGCUUACGUGGUUUUGGGACAGUUUCUGGUGCUCAAGAAGAAUCAGGAGCUCUUCGUCGAGUGGCUGAAGGACUUGAGCGGUGCGAACGCCAAGCAGGCGAAGGACUGCUGCCAGUGCUUAGGCGAGUGGUGCGACCAGUUCUUAUCCCUGUCCACUACACCGAUGGGCGAGAAGCCGGUCACGGAUUUGGCAGGAAUUGGAGAAGUGUUGGGCAAGAGGUUGGAGUCCAAGGGUUUCGACAAAGCUUACGUGGUUUUGGGACAGUUUCUGGUGCUCAAGAAGAAUCAGGAGCUCUUCGUCGAGUGGCUGAAGGACUUGAGCGGUGCGAACGCCAAGCAGGCGAAGGACUGCUGCCAGUGCUUAGGCGAGUGGUGCGACCAGUUCUUGUAGACACACACACCUGGCCCUCGACCACCGCACCCACGCUUCCCAUCACGCACUACUCGUGAUUCAUCUGUUCAUCUCUUUUAUGGCAGUUAUCUCUGAAUUGCUUUUAAUUUUUCACACUUUUUAAUGAAAUAUUUUUCUCUCUUUUUUAAUGCGAUUACUAAUUAUUAUAUUCGUAGCGAAUCUAUGGCUUAACUA